UCUAUGGUCCUGCGAUUUUGUACGAACCAGCUGACUCAAACGAUGCGAAAUCCUUCCAGCUUUUAGCGAGAGCGACUUUAUUUAUGUUGACUGACAGAAAGUGACAGUUCAUCAACUCCCACCCUCAGUCGGGGGAGUCUCCAGUACCCUGGAAUCUGAGGGUAUAAUUCUGCCAAAUGGUUCCUAGCACAUGGAUUAAAAAAAAGUCAACGCAAAACAAAACAAGUUUGUUUCUAUUGAAAAGUUAAUUUAAUAUCACUGAUGUCUGUCUGGCCUUAAUUUGAAAAAUUGACUCACAGGGCUGGCCAGUUUGGAGUUGGUCGCUUGGGAUGUUAUCAAAUUGCUUUAGCGGAGUACUGGCAAGAAUGUGAAGACGUCUGAGAGAAUAGUUUAUCUUCCGUUUGCAAGAAAACAACACCAGCCAUAUCCUUUAAGAGUAACUGCGAAGGAAGUCUAUUGGACCAAGAUUCAAAAUGCAAAUGGAUGGAAGUCCCAAGGUCCAAUCUUCUCUCAAAGAUACUUGUACCAACUGCACAGCUGAAAAGUUUUCACCAUGUACAAUACCUCAGUCCCUUCAUUUAGUACAUUAUCAAAAGCAGUUGUUUCUUCAAAGUGACUCGCCUGCAUCGGAAGCCACUCUUAGGCUUCUCUUGCCCAAGGAUCAUCUUUUAGAGAAAAGGAGGAGAGUGUUUUCUAGCCCAGAGGUUGCAGGAAAACUUGCACUUCACCUGCUUUAUUUUGCGGUUUUUGCUGUAGCUGUACUGGGUUUGCUUCACUGGGAUGGCAACUUGCAGUUAUUCCAAGGAAACAGUUGCAAAGAUGAUGAUCAGAGAACUCAAGGCUCUCCUGAGAAGUUGUGUGGGUUCUGUGAUGUCAUUACCGAGUCAUCUGACAUUUAUCCACUUUACAGACGAUUUGCACGGAGCACAAAACAAAGGAAAGACAAACAGGAAAAAAACUUGCUGGCUGUCUACCAGAGAAUGACAGAAGUAAAAGAAAUAUUACUGCCUUGUGAAUCGCUUGUUAAAGUAACCAAUUAUGUUCUGAGGGAAGCUUUGGGGAACACUUUGAAUUUCUUUCCACUUCCAGCCUGUGAUCAGAGGCUGAGUAACCAGAUUACCAAAAUAAAUCCACUCAAUCUCAUUAGGAUUAAGAUAAAGCCACAGUUACUUUACCAAGUCUUACUCUUCCUGAAAGAGCUGGAUUUGCUGAUGGAUACUCAUCAAGCAACAUCAUUCUUUAUUGUGAAGAAGUUAAUGAUUAAUAAGCAAGAAAUUAUAUUGGGAAAGACAAGUAAGAACAAUAAUGAACAUGUCUUAAAAUGGCUGAAAAGGAACAGGACCCACAGAAAGUCCUUUAAACCAGUGGAUUGCCCAGAUAAAGCCUCAUAUUUAUUACCCUGGAAUCCUGGACAUCAUGAAUAUAAGAAGGUUAAGAUUGGAAGGGGGAUGUUCCUAAAACUGGAGUCUUCAGCUUCGCUACAUUCCAUUACUAUAGAGAAUGGGGGUAAACUCGUGUUUGAUGAUGCACCGAAAUCUCCCAUCACUCUGAAAAUCCGCUAUAUUCUGAUCAGGAAUGGAGGAGAGCUGCAUAUCGGAUCGGACAAGUGUCCCUAUAACUCCACCGCCACCAUCACUCUCUACGGAAAGUCGACAGAUGCAUUAAACGUGGGGCAUUUUGGUCAGAAGUUCAUUGGUGUGGAUAAAGGGGGCAUCUUGGAGUUACAUGGAAGGAAAAGCUUGUCCUGGACGGCUUUAGCCCGAACCCUCUACCCCGGCGGGUUGCAGUCUGGGGCUUACCGCUUUGACAAGUACUGGGGCAACAGAGGCAUUAACAUCAGGGUAGUGGACCAAGACACGGCCAAGGUGCUCGCAGCCCACCGUUUCGACACUCAUCUCUGGGCUAAUGAGAGCAGGCGGCUGCAGGAGUUUCUGCGUCGCCAGCCGAGAGGGCGAGUUGUGGCCAUUGCUGUCGGAGAUUCGGCUUCCAGGAGAUUGACGCUGUCCGCCAGAAAUGACAUGACUGAACUACUGGGGAGCAAAGAGGCGAGGUAUCUGGGCUUCAGACAACCAUGGGCUGCUGUUGGAGUAAUUGGAGAAUCAUCUGCUGUGGAAGAAAAAAAACUAUAUCAACCUAAUGGGUCAACUGAUAUGGCUGUAGCUAGAAGAGAAUUUCAGACAUAUGAUGGGAUUCAUUUCACAGUUACUGCCUUCAGUGAGUGGGUGAGAGGUAUACCUCACUGUGGCUUUCGAGUGGAUGUCUCGAAUGGCGUUGUUGUUAAUUUAAUGGAUGAUGUCUCAAGUUGGUUGCCUGGUGAUCAAAUAGUCAUUGCAAGCACCGAUUACUCUAUGGAUCAGGCAGAAGAAUUUAAUCUCCUUCCCUGUCCUGAGUGCAAUGUUUAUCAGGUUAAAAUUGGUAAACCGCGUUAUCUUCACAUGGGUGAAGUUAUAGAUGGAAUAGAUAUGAGAGCAGAAGUUGGACUUUUAAGAAGAAACAUCCUUAUUAAAGGAGAAAUGGAGGACUCCUGUUACGGACAAAACUUGUGCCACUUUUUCAACUAUGAUACGUUUGGUGGGCAGAUAAAGAUCCUAAGAAACUUCGCCUCAGUUCACUUGUCUGGCAUAGAGUUGACUCACAUGGGCCAGCAGAUACUUGGGAGUUACCCAAUACAUUUUCACCUAGCUGGAGACGUGGAUCAAAAGGGUGGAUAUGAUCCACCAACCUAUGUGGACAAUGUAGCCAUUCAUCACUGUUUCUCCAGAUGUGUUGUUAUACAUGCAACAAAUGGUUUGCUGGUCAAAGAUACAAUAGGAUAUGACACAUUAGGUCAUUGUUUCUUCCUGGAGGAUGGUGUGGAACAGAGAAACGUACUAUAUCACAAUCUGGGUCUCCGUACCAAGCCAGGCACUAUCCUCCCUUCUGAUCGCAAUGAAAUUAUGUGUGUUUCAAUCCGUAAUCAAGUGUGUGGAAAUUAUAUUCCUGUACCAAAUACUGACUGCAUGGGUGUUACAACUUUCUGGAUCUCGAAUCCAAACAACCACCUCAUCAACAAUGCAGCAGCUGGUGCUCAGGACGUGGGGAUAUGGUAUAUUUUCCAUCGUGCCCCUACUGGAGAAUCCGUUGGCAAAUAUCCAGAGGGCCAAUCAGAGUUUACUCCUUUGGGAAUAUUUUAUAACAACAGAGUACAUUCCAACUUCAAGGCUGGUCUCUUCAUUGACAAUGGAGUGAAGACUACCAAGUGCAGUGACAAUGAUCCCCGGGAAAUUCUUGCCAUAGACUUUGCCAGGUUUCGCCCACAUCAGAAUGCUGACCCAAGGCAGCCACGUGUUCCUGCUGUUAUUGAUGGUCUUAUAGCCUUUAAAAACAAUGACCAUGGAGCAUGGGCUAGAGGGGGAGACAUUAUAUUCCGCAACUCUGGGUUCUCUGACAAUGGGAUAGGUCUGACUCUAGCAAGUGAUGGAACAUUUCCAACUGAUGAAGGAUCAAGCCUGGAAGUGACAAGAUCAGUCUUUGUUGGUGAAAGCAUUAAUGUGGGUUACAAUGGAGGACAAAACAGAUACUGGGGAAAGGGUGCACAUGGAGAGUACAGAACACUGCCAAGAAACAGAACAUUUCCCAUCCGUGGAUUCCAGAUCUAUGAUGGUCCAGUCCGGCUGACACAGUGCACAUUUAAGAAAUACUUAUCUGUCCAUGAUAGGUACUGUAGUGCACUUGGAUUCUUUAUGAGGAACCCCUGGCAAAUCAGUCCCCAAAAUAAUGUAUCUCAAGUCAAGUUGGAGAGUAGUGUUAAUCUUGAAGUAUUUUUUGGCAAACCAGGACAGUGGUUUGGAACCAACAGCCUCGAUGGUGACUGGACUUCUAUUUUCCAUGAUUUGGAUGGUUCAGUGACUGGAUUUCCUGAUACAUUCGUGGCGAGGGCUGACAACUACUUGGUCCGCCAUCCAAGCUGCCUUAGUGUACCAAGGUGGAAUGGUGUAAUCUGCACUGGCAAAUAUGCCCAGCUUUAUGUUCAAGCCUGGCAUCCAGAGAAUCCAUCUCUCUUGAUUAUGAAGGAUUUGUAUCCAAACCACCCACUGAAGCUUCAGGGUGUAAAUCGUAGAGCACCCUAUCAGCAGUACCAGCCUGUUGUCAUGCUUGAACAAGCCUACACGUUAUUGUGGAAUGGUAGUACACCUGAGCAGAUCGUCCUCUACCCAAUCAACUUCAACAGGGGGGACUGGAUACAAGUUGGCCUUUGUUAUCCCAGAGGAACAAUUUUUAAAGUCAUGUCAGAUAUAAACCAACGAGCGAAUGGAAGAGUACACAGUGUGAAGCGGUAUAAAGCAGCGUCAUCUUUAAGCAUUCUUCAAAAAUACCCAAGCAAGAGCCUGUAUUUUUUUGACAUCAGUUCUGGGAUUCUUUAUAUUAUCCUCCAAGCAAAACAUGUACGGAAAGGUCACAGUUACUGCUCCAAAUAUGGGUGUGAGCGAGUGAGGAUCUUGGCACAUAUCAACUCCUGGGAAACCAGCUCCUGCUUGCAAAUGGGUUUUUCAAAGAAAGACACAAGUGAUCUAGGGCAGCUCUUGCCUCUCACUAAGCGAGUAGCUGCUGCCUGCAGCCAGUGUGGUGCUCCACAGGUUGCUAUCACCAGUGAUCCACACAGAACCUACAUCAGAGUCCAGAUACAAUCACAGAGCAGAAGAGACAUACAAAAUGGUCAUAAGUUUGCUUUCAUUAAGGUAAAUGAUGAUAUUUUCCUCUUUGAAAAGCCGGGGCUUUUCUUUGUCACAGUAGAUGCGUGUUCUGGAGCAAUAGUGAGCAGACAACAUUUUGACACAGUCCAAGCACUAUCAGCAGCUGACUCCAUUGCUAAUUAUAUCCAUCAAACUAUUCCAGAAAGGUCAAUUGUUUUUGUCUGUUCAAGAGAUGAUUCUGGCUGGUCACUAUUCCAAGUGUCUUCAGCUUUUCUCAGGCUAGGUGCUGCAAAGCCUAUCAAUUUUUUCAUGGAAGGAAGUUUUGCUAUGUUAGGAUUCAAGGGCCAGCUGAACCCAGCAUGGAUUAAAAUUAUAAGCCGGAGUUUUGGGCAGCUGGCUGCCUCUCUGGAGCAGUAUGUUCCAUUGAAACUCCAUGAAUACGACUGUCCUGGAAAAAUGAAGGAAAAUUGGAGAGAUUUAAAGUUGUUUCAAGACUUAAUAUCCCUAAUCUAAUUUAUAAGUAAUGGAAAGGAAGAGAGAAAAUUGUUGAAAUGUUGACAAUUUAAUUUUUGUAUCAUUUCUAUAAAUAAAUAUUAUGUACAUGAGCAGUGAGUAAAUGGUUUUACAUAAAGGUAAAUUAACUUGAUGUAAUAAAAUUUGUGUGACAAAGGGUAUACUUUUUUUGUUAUUAACUUCUUGCAUCUACAGAUGGAAGGUGACUUGUCAUUCUAAAGAACUGAAUAAUUUUCAUUAAUUGGACAAACAAUACAAUUGCAUUAUAUACAAGCAAAAUGAGAAAUACUCAUGUGUUUGUUCAUCCUUGGGGACAAAAUAUGCUUUCUAGUUUACAGAUUACAAAAUGAUCAGUGUUACACAUUUCACCCCAUGUGUUUAGAAUAAAUCUUGAGUUGUUUGUGAGAAUGCCAGGUAUUAUGAAAAGUAGAACUGUUUAUAUAUCUUAACUUUUAAAUGGUACCUCAGAACUUGGUGGGUUAUUAUGUUGAAAUCCUGCUGGCAUUCAUGAUAUCUGAUGUGUAAUAAAUGAGUUUGCAUGCAGCUGCUUUAAUGUAUAGAUCUGUUUAGAUUUGCAUUAACCAUGGUUCAAUUAGACAAAACUUCUUAAAAUAGAGCAUCUAUUGGGUUUAAGUUGUCAUAAACUACACUGAUGAGGUAUAACGAUUGGGCGUAGUAUAUGAAAUUAUAAUGCAAAACCAAUAUAACCUUGGUAUAUACCACAUUGCAUGAAUGUUACCAUGAUUUUUUUGUGUAUGAAAAUUUUGAUUCUUUCACUCACCUUUCUGAUUUUGUGUUCUUGGGAGCUGUAUGUUAUAAAGUUUCAAUUAAAGCUGUGCAUUGAACACAGGCAACUGUUUAAACCUGAAAAAUACUUAUAUCAGUGAUAUAAAUCAAGUUUUGAAUGAAACUUGUAACUUGCCUCAAUGUAA